GAGCUGGGGUUUGCAUUGGCCCACAUCUUUCCAAAGAGCAGGUUGUUCUUCAGACAUCUUCCGCCUUCUACACUUUUUGUAUCCUUGUUCCUUUCCAUUUUCGGUGAAGUGCAGAGAGGAUGAGAAGAAAUUUUGGCCUGCAUUAACAGCACGGAAAACACAGUACUGCCUCAAUAUCAAGAUCCAACGUUCAGAAUGAAGGAAUUCGUGUGGUUGGGGUUUGUGCUGGGUGCACUCUCCGCUGCAGGCAACGUGAUCCGCACAAGCGCCGGGCGGCGUGUCACUUUGGGCUGUGGGAUCGACACCUUCGAGAGCAGCCUGGAAUGGAAUCAUGGAAAAGAAAUGAUUUAUAAAGUUAGCGGGAAGAGUGGCAUGAAUCACAAUGGCCCAGCUGCCAUUAGGGAAAGGUCAAGGGUGAGGCAGACCAAUCUGGAGAUCUCCGGGGUGAAGAGAGAAGACGCUGGAAGGUUCACCUGCGUCGCAGAUGAGAUUCCUAAAUAUCACACACUUCUCGUGGUCUCAGUCUCGGCCAGCCCCCCUGAAGAGCUCCCGCCAGGCAGCAAUGUUACGCUCCACUGUGAGGUCAAGGGUCUGAACCCAGGCUCGACAGUGCAAUGGACGGGACCAGACGGACGUCCGCACGCAGUGUCCGAGACCGUUCAUCUUCAGCGUGUAGCCCCCUCAGAUGCAGGGACCUGGGUGUGUGCGUUUUCCUACGACGGGCAGACCUACAGUGAGAAUCUAGACAUCAAAGUUAGAGACCCUGCCCGCAAGGUCAUCACAUCACCCCCUCCCCGAAUCGUCGACCAACAGACAACCUACCCCAGCUGCGAUCUCAAACCUCACUCCGGUGUCGGUCGGCUCGGCUGGUGGCUGUGGGUUGCUGUAGGAGGUGGCUGCCUGGUUGUGCUUCUCCUGGUGGUCCUUGUCAUUGUUCUGUGCAAGAGGAGCCGAAGGAGAAAGAGAAAAUUACAGAAGCUGAAGAAUGGCCGACAAUCACUGACGCCCAAGAAGUACUGCCAGUGCAACUGCCCGACAGCUGCGGCAUCACCACGGCGAGGACGCCAGAAAGCGAAGCCGUCAGCCCCCCCUCUGCAACCACUGCUAAUGGAGUGACAUGAAAGACGGAUGGAAGAAAGGAGAAAGACAGAGGGGAAAGAAAAGAAAGAUAGUGACAAGUGGGGAGGGGGGAACCCCAGUGUGAAUGGCAAAGGCAUGAAUGUAAAAUGGACUUGGUGAAAAUCAAAUCAAAAGUAAUGUUGUUGGCACUUUUUCAACAAAUGUAACCAGUGAACUGAAUGUGAUCGGGCCCCUCCCCUGCAACAGAGAACAGCAACAGUCUGAAGUUAUUUUUUUAUAUUUCUGCAGCACAGCACCAUUUAUAUAUCUGUACAUGCAGCAUUGUCAACUUGCUUCUGCAUCUUGAAUAACAUCCAUCUGGUUUACAGGUCUUUCUCAUGUUUCUGUGUAUUUCAUGUAUGUUUUUGUACAGUUUGUCUUUUCCUGUGGGUGGUAAAUGAACUGGAGUGUUGUACUGAAAUACUGCAUCUUUUCCAAUUAAUCAAUAAACCAUGAAAAACCAA